UUCUGCUCCUCUCCCCUCCUCCCCUUCUUCCCUUCUCUCUCUCUCUCUCUCCUCCCCCCCCCCCUCCCCCGGGCGUGAGCAGACCGAGGGGAAACCCUAAGCCCCUUCUACCCGCAUGCUCUUCCACCGUAGAUGAUGCAAGGAUCGACGGCAGGCGGACUCGCUCAGCUGCGCUGCUCCUCCCGGAGAUGCUCAUGGCGUUGGCCGACGAGGCUUCAGCCGAUUCUGGUGUGGUCUUGUGCGCUGCUGUGCCUGCCUCUGUUCAUGCCUUGUGCCGGAAAGGCCUGCUUGGCUUCGUGCCUCGACGGUGGACUGGCGCCAGUGAUGCGUGAUGGGUGUAGUUCUUAUGGGGGUGUUGGCAGCUUGGUCCAUGGUUGGGGGAGCUCACCAGGAUGUCCCAGGAUCGGGGAUGUUUGUGCUGGCUCUGGCUCUUUCUGCUUUCUAUCUACUUUGACAGGCUUCCUUGCUGAAGGGGAUGGUUGCCAAAAACUCUCUUUAGAAGCGACCCAGAGCUCAGCUCAGCCAGGCAAUGUUUUGGCGUAUAAGAUGUCCAAUGGUGGUGUUGUUUCUUGUACUUCAGUGGAUGCUUCGAGUGGAAUCCAUGAUCAGUUGCGUUCUGAAGGGAGGAACAUUGAUGGAGAUGGCAUUGCUUCAUGUAAAGCACCACUGGUUCCUGAUGUUUGGAUAAGGGCAUCGAGCGGGCUAACUGUGGAGCUAGAUGACCAUGCUGAAGAUAUCGAUCUGGGCCUUAAUAAUGGUUAUUCAUCACCACAUGUAGAGAUAAACCCCCCUAUGUUGGAUUGGGGAACCAGUAAUUUGUACUCCCCUUCUUUGGCAUUCUUAACUGUGACAAACAUGUACAAUGACAGUGUCUUGCAGGUAUUUGAACCAUUUAGUACUGAUCUGCAGUUCUAUGCAUAUGGUUUUGAGAAUCGGUCACUGGCACCAGGAGAAUCAGCUUUGAUUUCGUUUAUUUUCUUACCGAGAUGGUUGGGUUUAUCAUCAGCGCAACUUGUUGUGCAGACGAGCUUUGGGGGUUUCAUUAUUCAUGCUAAAGGAAUAUCUGUCGAGUCCCCAUACAAGAUAGAGCCUUUAGUAGGCCUUGACAUCUCUUUGGAUGAAAGGUUGAAUAGGAACUUGUCACUAUACAAUCCUUUUGAUGAUGUUCUUUAUGUGGAAGAAGUGACCACAUGGAUUUCUUCAUCUGGAAAUUCAAACCGUUCUGCACUUGUUAUUUGUAGUGUAGAUGGAUUUCAGCAGUCCUCCAAUGAGUUUGAUUCUUCUCUAAAUGAUAAGGAGAGUUUUGCUGUAGAGCCUGAUGAGUUGGGACUAUCAUGGGUAGACGUUAGGCCCCAUAAGCAAUGGGAAGUGCUGCCUCACAACACUGAAACUAUCAUAGGGAUGAAGUUGUGGCCUCAUUUGGAAGGAAAAUUUUUUGGAGUAAUCUGCAUGAAGUUGCGGGAUUCAAAACAAGAUAAGACUGAUAUGGUUAUCAUUCCUCUUGAACUAGAAGUACAUGGUAGGGCAACUUUCGUUGAAUUAACUGGUGCAGUUUCUGUAUUUUUUGAACCUCUUGUGCCGUGUGAUGGAAAGGGAUCAAUUUUUUCCCUCUCUUUAAGAAACGAAGCCUCCUAUUUACUAAGAGUGGUAAAGAUUAGUGAGGAUACAGAAAGUAAAAAGCUUUUCCAUCUAAAAUACAUGGAAGGGUUGAUUCUUUUUCCUGGGGCCAUGACACGUAUAGGUUUGAUUAGUUAUACACCUCCCACUGACUCACAGGAUAUUGCUUCUGAAAUUCCUGGCAUAAGCUUGAAUUGUAAGCUAUUAAUAGUGACGAACGAUUCUGCCAGUCCACUGAUCAGGAUUCCUUGCCAGGACAUAGUCCAUGCCUGUUUCAAGCAUCCCCCUGGCUCAGGUAUUGUUGUGUCUGAUGGAUCAUACAUUGGAUUGAUAUCACAACGAGAGAGGGAGAAAUUGACAAAUGCAAGAGCAGGAUCCUUAGGGAGCAUCAUCGAUGCAUCGCUUCCCACAAAGAUGAAAUUUUUGGAGGCAGUUAAAGCAGAUGAGCUGGUACUUAGAAAUUGGAGAUCCCAAGGCACGACAGGUGGCAUUUCUGUCCUUGAAGAUCGUGAGUUGUUGUUUCCAGUGGUUCAAAUUGGGUCUCAUUUUUCCAAGUGGAUCUCAGUGCAUAAUCCUAGCCAAAAACCUGUUGUAAUGCAACUUGUGCUGCAUUCAGGGGAGAUUAUUGACCAGUGCAAAUCGUCUGAUGACUUGUCAGAGCUUACCUUGUCAAGUAGGUUGACCGAGAUGGGCUCCAUGAAAACUAGGUUUGGGUUCUCAAUUUCAGAAUCAGCAAUAACAGAAGCCUUCGUACAUCCAUAUGGAAGUGCACAAUUUGGGCCUGUUGUCUUCCACCCCUCUAACAGAUGCAUGUGGAUGAGUUCAGCUUUGAUAAGAAACAAUCUUUCAGGUGUAGAGUGGCUAUCUCUUCGAGCAUUUGGUGGUUCACAUUCACUAGUUCUCCUCGAGGGUUCUGAACCUGUUUGGAAUCUAGAAUUCAAUCUUGACUUGCCAGUGAAUCACAAUAUAUCCUCAGCAGAUGUGUCAUUCCACAAGGAAACUGCAAGUCCUUCCUGUCGCCAUCAGUUUUCCAAGGAGAUUCAUGCAAAAAACAUAGGUGAACUUCCUCUUGAGGUGAUAAAACUAAAAGUUUCAGGAACUGAUUGUGGUUUGGAUGGGUUUAUGAUACACACCUGCAAGGGUUUUGCUUUAGCUCCUGGGGAAUCCAUGAGGCUCCUUAUUUCAUAUCAACCAGACUUUUCUGCAGCUGUGGUUCGUAGAGAUCUUGAAUUGGCCAUGGCUGCUGGUAUCUUCGUGCUACCCAUGAAAGCAAGCCUUCCAGUAUGUAUGCUCGAUCUCUGUGGAAAGUCAUUCUUCUUGCCGGUGCAUUGGGAAGCAUCUGUACUUAUAUUUGCUGCUGUCUCAAUAUUUCUUCUGGUGUUAAUCCGCAUUGUUCCACAACCGUUUUUGUUGGGCAUUGGAGAUUACAAUGACAAGAUUGAGAAUACCAUGAAUACCAAGAGCAAUGUUGAAAAACCUUGUCGCCUUCACCGAAGCACAAAAGCAUCCAGUUCAAUUAGGAAAGACGAGAAACCUGAGGCUGUUUGUGGUAACAGAUAUCCUAUCUGUCAAGUUGGUCUUCAUGAUAGCCCCAAAGGGAUGCACGUCAAGCAGGAUUCUGUUCGUCAAAAGAAGACCCCAUUCUCAUCGCCAACGUCAACAAGGAAGCCUGUUGAGUUUCUUGAAUCUGAUAUGUCAGAAACUUCACAAAAUGGUAAUCUCACUAUAAGGAUUGUUAAAGAAAAAGGGAGAAGAAGAAAGAGAAAAACCACUGGAGCAGGAUUAGCAGCCAAAUUUGAAGUUUCAAGUAGUCAGAGUGGGAAUUCUACCCCAUCAUCACCCUUGACUCCAAAUACCAACACUCCAAAACAAGUAUGGUCUCUAUCUCUUGACACUACCAAUAAUCCAUUUUCUGGAGUAUCUGAAGAACAAAAGCAUCAGAAAAAACAUGAUGUUGAUGUUCCUAUGGAAGUGAGAGUACCAGAGGCUGAGAAACAUGGUGAUAAUACUGGGCUGCUGUCAGCUCAAGAGCAGCCUCCUUCCACUGGAAAAUCAACUGGGAGGUCAACUCUAUGGCCUUCUGCCACUUUUCCAAGCCCAAGUUGGCGUGCACCUGGUGUGGCUGUGCCAAGUUUCUUGGCCGCAACUUCUCCUAUUGCCCCACAUGCUCGUGCUCCAGGGUCCAAGCUCGGUAAGGAUAAAGCUGUACAAAGAAAGCAAAAUGAUGUGCUCGAAGAAGAGUUCACCUAUGACAUCUGGGGUAAUCAUUUCUCUGACCAAUUACUAGGUAGGCCAAAAGAGUUUAUAACAAAGGUGCUUGAUGCUUCAGAAGGUGACUCUCAGAGUUUCUUUGCAAAAGAUCCCCAGUCCCUAAUGAUGAUGUCAUCAGCACAGUCUGCAUCUCCUGGGCAUAAAUCGCCCUCUUGUGAUGUAACUUGCUUUCAUCAAAUGAAUUAGACUUUACUCCGUACUUAA